AUGCCUAGCCCAGUAACUGAAGGCGAGGCGGUGGGGACGGACGCCAAAUGGUGGUGGGAACCAUGGAAAACUAUGGCGGACCUGGCCGAAGCCGUUGACGACCUCAUAUGCAGCUUCGACUAUAUGGACACGGCCAUGGACAACCUAGUCAUGUUGAUAUUCAUCUGGAUAGUGUUCUCGAUCAUACUGCUGGGCAUCGCGAAGUGGGCUUACGGCAGGUUCGGCGGCAAGCCGGCGGAAGCCGAGAAGUCGGCCAAGCCGGUCGACGAGCCCAAGAAGUCGACCGCGAACGAAAUCAUCACCAGCUCGGACAGCGUGCUGGCGACCAGCGCCAAGGUCAAGAGCGGCUCCUUCAAGCCGGCCAAGACGAGCUUCGUGCCGGCCACCCCGCCGAACAAGAAGCGCCUGGGCCGCAUGUCCCCGGGCCCCGAACAGCUGACCCUCAGGAAGCACCAAAGCGUCGUAGUGCCGACGUGCACCGGCGCGGACCCCGUCAGCGUGACCUGGGUCAACGAGCUACUUACUUGGUUAUAUAACGACCUAGUUAUAGUGAAUGAACUAGUGCAACAAUGGAUUGUCUCUAUGAACGAGUUCUCCAAGCGGUCCGUCGAGGAGCACGGCAUCGGCGUGGAGUUGGUGCGAGCCCUCGACUGCCACCCGCCGAAUGUCUCCAACGUGUUCUGCGAGUGCGACUCCAAGGAUGAUGUCACCAUCACCUGCGACUGCGAGGCGACGCCGGCCUUCCAACUGAAGGCGUUCAGCCAGCGCGGCGAGAAAGUGGAGGUGUCCCACUACCGCGUCAAUGUCAACAGGUUCCGGGCGCGUCUCAACGUUGUCUGCAUCACGGACAAGCUCACCGGCGAGUUGAAAUGCGACGGCUGGCCCGAGGUCAAAGUGGCACUGGCCCCCGUUGGACCCCUGAGGCCCAAUGCCACGGAGAGCAACCUCCAGCAAAUCGUGAGCGACAUAGUGGUGAGCGCCCUCCGCAACACCCAGUUGCAGUUCAACCUCGCGCCGUACCCCACUUGCCCGAGGCUGCGCCGCUACGCGCCGGAGUCGGCGCCGCGGCUGCCGCUACACUACGACUCUAUGCUGCAGCAGGAUAGGCACAUGUACACGUCCACGCCUAAUUCCACCGCCGGCUCCAUACGGCUUCUGGGCGACAAAAGACUCCUCGUCAAGGUCGUAGGCGCCAAGGAUUUGGGAGGCAAGUCUGGCUGCUUGGCGCCGUACUGCGUGGUGGAGAUGGACGAGCCCCCGCAGAGGAAUCAGACCGGCUUCAAGAAGGACACCCUCUCGCCACAGUGGGAGGAGCACUUCCUAUUUGACCUGUCGCCACAAACAGCGGAAUUGCUCUUCGAGGUGUACGACCGGGGAACGGCCGCCACUCCUGGCGGGACGGAGCACCACAGGUUCCUGGGCCUGGGGCUGGUGGGGAUCGACGAGCUGCUCGCGGCCCCUUCCCAGCGGCAGCAGAUCGCGUUGCAGACGAGGCCCAUGGAGGAACACGACAUCAGCGGAACCCUCACUGUGGAGUUCCUGUUCAUCGAGGGCGCCGACAUCCCCGACCUGGGCUCGAAGCCGUUCAAGAUCAAGGAGAGCCUCCGCACCCUAUCGCCGCAGGGCCAACUCACCACCACCACCAAGACCAUCUUCCAGCAGAAUGGCCAGGACAACUCGCAGCUGACCGAGUCGGCCUUAAGGGAGUUGGAGCUGAGCCCCACCAGCGCUGCGAACAAGUCCACCCUGAUCAUCCACUCUGUGCAGCGGGAGCCGACGAAGUCAAUAAAGGUGGAACUAACCGACUCCGGGAAGUUCGUCGAAGUGGAGAAGGAGGCGGCCGCAGAGGAGAAGCAGACGGAGAGAGAGGGGGCGCCACCGGCGAGGAAGUCCACUCCGAACCAAUCGCCCGCGAAGAGCGUGAGAAUAAAGGAGAACGGAGCCAAGCCAAACGGAGAGACGGUCGACCCCCCCAAGCAAGGCGACUACGUGAACAAACAAGAGAACAGCCAAGAGAACAAUCCGCCUGAACCGGCGCCGAGGAAACGCCGGAGAGACUUCUUCGGAACUAUAAAGAGAAGACUGGGCCGCUCCCGCACCCGUGGCGCCUCGCUGGACCUCCAGGACUCGGAUGUCGAGCAGCGGCUCCGCUCCGUCAGCGCCGAGAGGAACACGCACGACAAAGUGCUCGCUCUGCCAAACAGAAACGUGUACUCGGCGGGCGCUUCGCCCGCACAAUCCGGUGACGAAUCGAGGACCUCUCGGAGGUCCUCCCUCAGCGAAGUGUCCGGCUUUAGCACAGCGUCCGCGCGCACCUUCAUCCACGAGGCGUCCACUUUGGUCCUGGAGACCAUAGAGGCGGGCAUCAAGAAGCACUACCUGGUGCCCCUGACCAUCGCCCAAAGGUCGAGGUGGCGGCGGAAGGGCGUCAAGCUGCACAUCUUCAACGAACACACCUUCAUCGCUAAGCACCUUAGCGGUGGCACGGUGUGCGAGGUGUGUGGCAAGAACGUGGCGCGGCGGCUCGGCAAGCAGGGCUACGAGUGCCGCGACUGCCACAUGCGCUGCCACAAGCACUGCCACGUCAAGGUCACCGCCGUCUGCCCCAACUCCACCGUGCAGAACAUGGAGCUGGCUUACAUCUCGUCGCCAUACACGGAUAAGAAUAUAAGAAUGUUG